GGUUACCAUGUCCCUUCCAAAGCUGCUCCAAUUCAACUUCUUCCUCUCCAACCCCAACUCUGCCAAUUCACAACAUUCCAUCGUCCCCAAAAACCCGUUCACCGUAGAGUGCCGCCAGGCCGCCGUUCCUCCUCCUUUCCCCGAGAAAUGGAUCGAUAACAGUUGGGGAACGAAGAAGACGUUACAGCUGCCGAAAUAUCAAAACCAGGUAAAUGAUAUUGAAGAGUUCCCCCCACUGGUCACCCCGGGGGAAGCCAGGAGUCUCCAUGACAGACUGGGAGAUGCUGCCUUCGGAAAGGCUUUCCUUCUCCAAGGCGGCGGGGAUUGUUCAGAAGAGGGCUUGAAGGAAUUCAAUGGUGAUCGUAUCAGGGACACUUUCAGCAUCUUGCUUCAGAUGGCCACUCUUCUCAUGUUUGGCGGACAAGUCCCUAUUAUCAAGGUGGCGAGAAUGGCUAGUCAAUUUGAGAAUACAAGCUACAAGAGGGACAAUUUCAAUGGUGAUGAGUCAAGGAUUCCAGAUCCACAUAAGAUGAUCAAGACAUACGGCCGAUCUGCAGCCACGCUCAACCUGCUUAGAGCAUUAGCCACUGGAGGGUUUGCUUCCAUGAAAAGGAUUACACAAUGGAAUCUCGAUUUUGCUGAGAUGGGAAAUAGGUACCAAGACUUGGCGAAUCAGGUUGAUGAGGCCUUGGGGUUCAUGGAAGCUGCGGGAGUACCAAAAGAACACCCCGUUAUGGCAAGAGCAGAGUUCUGGACUUCCCAUGAGUGCUCGUUGCUGCCAUAUGAGCAAUCCCUUACGAGGUUCGAUUUGGCAACAGGACUCUACUACGAUUGCUCUGCUCAUAUGCUGUGGUGUGGAGAGGGAGCUACUCGACAACUCGAUGGUGCCCAAGUAGAGUUCCUCAGAGGAAUCUCCAAUCCUCUUGGCAUAAAAGUGAGCGACAAGAUGGAUUCGAGGGAGCUGGUGAAGCUGAUUGACAUCUUAAACCCUGCCAACCUGCCGGGGAGAAUAACCAUCAUAAUCAGCAGAAUGGGUUCGGAGAAACUGAGAGUCAAGCUUCCAGAAUUGAUCAGAGCUGUGCAUGGCUCCAAACAAAUCGUGACAUGGAUCUGCGAUCCCAUGAAUGGAAGCAUCAAAGCGCCAUGUGGACUUAACAGUACUACCCGUCCGUUUGAUCGUGUUUUGGCUGAAGUAGGUGCCUUUUUUGAUGUCCAUGACCAAGAAGGAAGCCAUCCGGGAGGAAUCCACCUCGAGAUGACUGGCGCCCAACAUGUAACAGAGUGGAUUGGAGGAUCUUGCAUGGUCACUUCAGACGAUUUGAGUUCUGGUUACCGUGCCCACUGCAACCCUAGGCUGAAUGCUUCUCAGUCUCUGGAGCUCGCUUUUAUUGUAGCAGAGCGACUCAAACAUAGGAGGUUUUAACCCUCCUCGACACUAUGGUAAUCAUUGUAUAUCAUUCUUCUUUAAACUUACAGUGUUUACCCUAUACUUCAAUUACCUCAAGUAUAUUUAAGAAAUAGCUUCACUUCUGCCUCCAUUUGAGAUUGAGGAAAAGUUUAUUGAAUUUGUUUCACAGUUGAAGAUUUAAUUUUUUUGAAGAAUUGUAAAAUUACAGUGGAGGUUGUACCACUAGCAGUCUAGCACAAUAGGAUUUCAAAGAACACUGAUUUUCUCGAAAUUUUUUCUUGAUAGCUCGCCUUCCAACUUGAUUGUGUUGUGCCACACUGCCACUGCCAAUACAUAUGGGCUGGAUAACAAUUAGGCCCGCAAAGGAGUAGGUAAUGUUUUGA